GGGGCUGGUUCUCUGGUUGGAGAUCCCUCCCUUGUGGAAUUUCUCUUGUGAGCCUAGCUCUUUGGAUAUGGUGCCUUGCUGGCUUGUGAGAAAGGUACAGAAUGGCUUACAGCGUGACUCUGAAUGGACCUGGACCAUGGGGCUUCCGACUGCAAGGGGGCAAGGACUUCAACAUGCCUUUGACCAUCUCCAGAAUCACUCCUGGCAGCAAGGCAGCACAGUCACAGAUGAAUCAAGGGGAUCUUGUGGUAGCCAUUGAUGGAGUCAAUACUGACAGCAUGACUCACUUAGAGGCUCAGAACAAGAUCAAGUCAGCAAGUUACAACCUGAGCCUCACUCUUCAGAAAUCGAAACGUCCAGUGCCAGUUUCAACCACACCACCCAAAAUUGACUCACCCAGAGCUGUAAUUCCCCACCAGAAGGUUAUAACCAACACCACUUCCAAUACGGAUUUCACGGAGCGUUUCAACCCCAGUGUCCUGAAGGACUCUGCCCUGUCUACACACAAACCCAUUGAGGUGAAAGGCCUAGGCGGCAAGGCUACUAUAAUUCACGCCCAGUAUAACACCCCAAUCAGCAUGUAUUCCCAAGAUGCCAUCAUGGAUGCAAUUGCAGGCCAGGCACAAGCCCAAGGUGGAGAAUUUGCUGGUACCCUUCCUCUUAAAGAUCCUCACGUAGACAGUGCAUCUCCGGUGUAUCAGGCUGUUCUCAAAACUCAGAACAAGCCUGAAGAUGAAACUGAGGACUGGAGCCGCCGUUCUGCCAACCUGCAGUCUAAGUCUUUUCGCAUCCUUGCCCAGAUGACUGGAACGGAGUUCAUGCAAGAUCCAGAUGAAGAAGCCCUGAGGAGAUCAAGAAACACAAGCCAGUCAUAUACACCAGUGCCAGCUUCUGCAAGCUAUGGUGAAAGUCCUGCUGCUUCUGCUGCUUCAAAACCAAGAGUCGUCACUACUGCUAGCAUUAAGCCCUCUGUCUAUCAGCCAGCACCUGCACCAGCUCAUUCCUACACCCCUGCCAACACGGAGCCGGCAAGCCGUCCUCCCUGGGUAACAGAUGAGUCAUUUUCCCAGAAGUUUGCACCUGGAAAAACCACCACCACUGUCACAAAGAACAUCCUUCCGAGGGGUGCUCCAGUACCACCUCCUGCCUCUAAAUCUGCAUACCCGUCUCCAGUUUCAGCUUCUCCCCUGGCUCCUGCAAUAGCCCGAGGAACAAUUCAGAGGGCUGAGCGUUUUCCAGCCAGCAACCGAACUCCUCUCUGUGGGCACUGUAACAGCAUAAUUCGGGGUCCUUUCCUAGUAGCCAUGGGUCGCUCUUGGCACCCAGAGGAAUUCAACUGUGCUUACUGCAAGACAUCCUUGGCUGAUAUGUGCUUUGUGGAAGAGCAGAAUAGCGUGUACUGUGAGCGCUGUUAUGAGCAGUUCUUUGCACCAACCUGCUCCAGAUGCCACACUAAGAUCAUGGGGGAAGUGAUGCAUGCCCUAAGACAGACUUGGCACACGAGUUGCUUUGUUUGUGCUGCUUGUAAGAAGCCAUUUGGGAAUAGUCUCUUUCACAUGGAAGAUGGAGAACCUUACUGUGAGAAAGAUUACAUUGCUUUGUUCAGCACAAAAUGCCAUGGCUGUGAUUUUCCUGUUGAAGCUGGAGAUAAAUUCAUUGAAGCCCUUGGACAUACUUGGCAUGAUACCUGCUUCAUUUGUGCUGUAUGCCAUGUGAAUUUGGAAGGUCAACCAUUCUACUCCAAGAAGGACAAGCCACUGUGCAAGAAGCAUGCCCAUGCCAUCAAUGUUUAAAAAAAGAGCUGGAAGUCAGUAAUGCUGGGGAAACCUGAUGACUAAAUGAGCAAAUAUAAAGUUGAUAACCAUGGCUAGCAUUUGUCUUGGUAGAAGCUAUAAAGUUGAUAUUUCUAAAGUUUCAUUUUAACCUUGUUUCUUAGAAGCAGAACAUGCUUUUGCGUGGUUCAUACAAAAUAAACAAUCAAAACCAAAUUAAAUACUCCAUUUAAAAACAGAUUAUUAGUGCAGCAGUUUGGAGCAAUACUGAUUAAAACCUGUGAUUUAAAAUGUAAUAUGUAAAUACAGUUUAAAAUGAACUACCCACAGCAGUUUUACUGCUUAGACCACACACUAGUGUUUAAGAAUAACAGGAAAAGUCCUGUUAUUGUAAUUGUAAUAACUCACUCUCUUGUAAUAGCUCAUUUUCUUUCAUAAAAAGAAUGAGUAAGUGCUAUACGAACAAUAAUCAGUAGAACCAAAGGGCACAGCUUUCAAAGGGAAAUAAAUAGGUUAGGGUUUCCUCUAUGAAAAGUGUGUGCUAUUCCUUUAUGUUGUGGUGCUACCUCAUAGCAUCAAAUAUUUUAGAUUCUUUCCAAAUAAGAAGUUUGCCUUGAAUCCCUAUGUAGCUCUGAAGCCUAGGAGACAAUGAGUAGCUUAGUUUGAGAAUGGAGUGGAAAUGGAAUUAACUCCUUCCACGCCCAAUAAGAUUGAGGAAAGCAUGUCAACCUUGCUACUGCACUUGGCUUAUACGCGAGCAGUAGAUACCUCACUUUCAAAUCUUAAUGGAAAAGGCUAACUGGCUUUGUCCAGCCUGCUCUUAAAUUGAAUGGAAUCAGGCUGGCUGGAAAGGAACUGCGGCUAUUAAUUCAAAACCAGUUUGCCUUUCCUCUUGUGGAAAAAAAACCUAAACGUUACUUUGGUUUAUAAUGUCCAUUGAUAUAAGUGGGAGGUGGGAACCCAUUUCUGGAUUUUUAACACUGAUUAACAAUGAAGACACAUUUCUAUCUAGUACAGCUAGAAAGUGGGAGAUAGCUUGCAAAUGUCGCCAAAUCUAUCCCACAUACAUAGAAAAAAGGCACCUUUAUUUCUCCUGUAGAAUGUAAUCAAUCAAUGUUUUAUCAGUGUAAAUGAAUGUUGAUAAAAAUUCAUUGGGCAGCACAACACCACAGACAGAUGCUUUUUAUUGUUUUCCUCAGUUUAAAUAUAACGCGUUCUGCAUCGUAGCAUUUGCCAUCGUAGGACAGCAGGCCUUGACAUUUCAUCAUAGUCCUAUUUUUAAAUAUUUUAUAAAAAAACUUCGAAGUUGCUCAAACAUUUAUAAAACUGUUCUUUUUGUUUGGUUGGUUUGAUUUUUUUUUGAAAGCAAUACUUGUAGUACUAGCAGUGAUUUUGAAUUCCUAAUUUUAAAUAUCUAUUUGUAUUGGAGGCAGCAGUUCUGUUGAAUAGAAAAUGGAGUUAAAAUGGAAAGCCUAAUCAAUGUUCAAGUUUUAUUAAUUUGCUUAAAUGAAAAUUAUUAUGAUUGUGUAUUGACAGCUUGCAGUACUGACAGUUUUUAAUUAGUAUUUCUGAGGGUGAGAAUGAGUUCUGUGGGCCACAUUCUGGUGCUAUCUGCACACUACUGUACCUUGUGUUUUGAGUAACCGGGAAUGACUUGGCGUUGUCUGUCUUUUCCUUCCUAUAGGUAAUGCCAAUUCUGAGAACAUAGGUGUGUCUUUUUAGUGAUGAAAAGCUAUCCAAAGCUGUGGGGAGAAGCGCGGGGAGGAGGAAAUAAAAGAAAAGGGGGGUUAAUAUGUGAGUUAAAUUAGCUGCAGGCAGUCCACAUCUUGGAAGAAAAUAACAACCAUAACUGCCUGUGGCAGUUCAGACAUGUAUGACCUGUGUUUGUUCAGCAGGUAUCUUAGUUCUCACUGAUCUUGGCAGGGAUCUGAUCUGAGUGCUUACAGGGUCAGAUUUUGAAUGCAUUAGUUAUUCUAUAACACUACUUCAUUAU